CGCUUUUCAAACAUGUCGCCAGCUUCAAACGCUCUCAAAUGUAACUUACACUUUUCCAUCACCGAUGAGAUCGGAAAGUUGGAGUCCUGCUUAGCUGCUAUCAAGAGCAUGAAUGUUUCGUUGACUAGAAUCGAAAGUCGUCCAAGCAAGACCGCCGACUGGGAUUACGACUUCUUCAUUGAAUUUCAGGCUGAAAAUCAAUCUCAAGUAGUUCAGGUUGUUGAAGGCUUGAAGAAGCAUACUACGCAAGUCAGAGUUAUUGGAUCUGGCACUGCCGUGCAAGGAGAAACAAGUGUACCAUGGUUCCCCCGGAAGAUGUCAGACUUGGACAGUUUUGCCGAAAAAGUCUUGGAGAUGGGAGAAGACUUGAGUGCUGAUCACCCUGGAGCAAAUGACCCUGUUUACCGCAAACGUCGCACUGAAAUUGUUCAAAUUGCAAAGACUUAUCGUACCGGCCAACCUAUUCCUCAUGUUGAGUACACUCAACAAGAAGUCGAAACAUGGGGAGCUGUUUUCCGCAAACUGACCUCCAUGUUUCCUGAUCAUGCCUGCCGCGAACAUCAAUAUGUCUUUCCUUUACUGAUUCAAAACUGUGGUUACAACGAUAAACAAAUUCCUCAAUUGGAACAAGUAUCAAACUUUUUGAAGGACUGCACUGGUUUUACAUUGCGACCAGUCAUGGGGUUGCUGACAAGCAGAGACUUUUUGAACGGCCUUGCUUUUCGAGUCUUCCACUCUACGCAAUAUGUACGACACCACUCACAUCCCUUAUACACCCCAGAACCAGACGUUUGUCACGAGUUAUUGGGUCACGUUCCUUUGUUUGCCAACCCAGAUUUUGCCGCCUUCUCACAAGAAAUUGGUCUGGCGUCGCUUGGCGCAACGGAUGCAGAUUUGGAAAAACUGGCUACAAUUUAUUGGUUCACAGUCGAGUUCGGUGUAUGCAGAGAAGGUGAAAAGGUUCGAGCUUACGGUGCUGGUCUCCUGAGUUCGUUUGGAGAACUGGAAUAUGCCCUCACCGACAAACCGGAAAAACGACCAUUUGAUCCACAGGUGACAGCCGUUCAGAAAUAUCCUAUCACGCAGUAUCAGCCGGUUUACUUUGUGGCAGAGUCAUUCAAGGAUGCGCAGGAGAAGAUCCGAGCGUUUGCAAACCAAAUGGAGCGCCCGUUCACUGUGAAAUACGACCCUUAUACUCAGAGUAUCGAAGUUCUUGAUAGCAAAGAGAAGGUCGUCAAGUAUGCUCAAAACAUUCGUGAUGAUAUGCGUAAUUUAACAAUGGCAUUGGAAAAAUUGAUGUAGCGACAGAUGUAUCCUAUGUUAUCUCAAUGUACAGAUUCAGAAUAUGUUCCUCCCAAUACAUUCUUUUCUUAU